AUGUACACUCGAGUACUUUUAGCUUCCAAAAACGAACGUGGCUCUGUCUCGCCGUUCAUUGACCCAAUAGAUCUUGUGGUUUCAAAUGUUUUUGAUGCCGGAAUUCUGCCGUUUGCCUGGAUUGGCGACAACGGGAACGGUGGUUGGACUGAUGGAUCUCCGGUUGAUUAUGCUUGGUUCACUCUACCGAAAUUAUGGGUUUGG